ACCGAGCGUCCCUCUCCGGACGGCAACACUUCCUGGGUUUGUCCGACUUCUGGUUGUUUUGGUCCAGAAAUUUUUAUCGGUUCUAGUCUUUUUCUGGACGAAACCUUCAGAAACCUUCAGGAACCUUCUGGGGUCCAAACUAUGAGCCGCUGACGGUCGGAGGACGAACCGGACGCAGUUUGAUUUGAAGAAGAGGACGAAGAUGAUGACGGAGGUGGAGCCGGAGCCGGAGCCGGAACAGGAAGGAGGCGGAGCUAAAGAGGACUCUUGUCCAAUGGAAGCAGACGGUGACGGUGAAGACAACACGACCAGGUCAGCUGACGCCACGCUGGAGGUCGCCAUGGAGACGGAGCAGAACAACGAACUCCCAGUGACGCCCCCGAAACCACUGACUGGAACGGUGGUGGUUCUUGGAAACAACCAGAAAACGGCCAGCGAGACGCUGCAGAGAGUCCGAAAGUGGAGUGUCAGCAAGUACAAGGCGACCCGCCAGGCCCUGGCUGAGAAGAUGGGCCGCGGCUCUCGGACCGUGGAUCUGGAGCUGGAGCCUCGACUGGAGCUCCUGAAAGACGACCGUCAGCGCUACGCUCAGGUGACCCGACUCGCUCAGACGCUGUCCAGUCAGCUGGCUCAGUUCACCGUUACCCAGAAGACCCUGGGAGACGCCUUCACCGAGCUCAGCCUCAAGACGCCGACGCUGCACGUGGAGUUCGGAGUGAACGCUGAAGCUCAGAAGUUUCUGUCCAAGAGCGGAGAGACUCUGACGAUGGCCAUCAACGCCUUCACGUCUGACCUGAACACGCUGAUCAACAAGACCAUCGAGGACACCAUGAUCAACGCCAAGCAGUACGAGGCCGCCAGGAUCGAGUACGAUGCGUUCAGGGUCGACCUGGAGGAGCUGAACCUCGGACCACGGAACGCCGGCACUCUGCCCAAACUGGAGGAGGCCCAGAAGAACUUCCAGAGCCAGAGGGAGCACUACCAGAAGGUCCGAGACGCCCUGUCGGUCAAAGUGAAGCUGCUGGAGGAGAACAAGGUUAAAGUUCUCCACAACCAGCUGUGGUUGCUCCACAGCGCCGUGGCCGCCCACAGCACCUCCUGCCACCGCUUCCUGGAGCACAACAUCCAGCAGGUAGACGAACACCUGAGCGACGCCCCGUCCUGGUUGGAGGAGAGCUGACAGCAGAGGAGCUGUGAGGGAAACGUUUGGGAGAAGUCGACUAGAAAUCAGUGAUGUUUUGAUUUGUGGGUUUAUUUAUUUAAUCCUCUGAACCCCGACAGGUUGGAAUGAAAUGUUAGCUUUAAAAAAAUCACCCAAAUCACUCCUUAUUCAUCAGAAACUGUAAGAACAGAAAGAAGCAUCAGAUUUCCUACUUUCUUUGAACUAGACGCUGGAAAAAAAUCAACAAAUCUGAGCGUCAAAUCAGAAUAAUUCAUCAAAAUGACUUUAUUAUUUUACCAAAAAUAAACCAUUUGCUUUAAUAAAAGUCCAGUUCUGAGUUUUCAGGUUGAGCUGCAGGCAGUUUUUCUGUAAGUGGUUAAAUAGUCACAUCAGUUGGAGCCUUUAUUGUUUCUUUGUUGUUGGUAACUCCUCAGAAACAUGCUGAUUCCAGGUUUUUACUGUUUUCGUAACGUUAAAGAAGCUUUCGAAAGUUCCAAAAUGACUCAAGAUUUGUUUAAAAAUAGCUCAAAAUUAUUUAAAAUUAGUUAAAAUAUGUUAAAAUUAUCUUAAACUUUGUUCAAACUGACUCAAGCUGUUCAAAUUUACUUAAAAUUCAUCCAAAAUGACUAAAAAUCAGAAUAAAAUGGCUUGAAAUUCAUCUAAAAUAUCUCAAAAUGUGUCCGGACGUGCUGAUUCCAGGUUUUUCUAACAUUACAGAACCCUGGUUUUGUGUCGUAGAGACAGAAGACAUCGUUCUGUCCAGUGCAGGACUUUCAUUUAUAUCGCAGAGAUAAACGAGCUUCAGUGAGUUUUAAUCAGGAUCUGUCUGCUGGGGUUCAGAGGUUUGUUCUCUCCAGCUCAGAUGUUUGUUUGGAGGUUUUCUGGAGGAAAAAGUCUCAGAGUGUUUGCUCUGAAACGUCUUCCUCGUCUCUGUGAUGGAGACUAAAUCUGUCUAAUCCUCUAAGCUUCUCUUUGAACUUCAUAGCAAACCGUCAGACUAACGUGAGCCGGCUGCUCCCAGAAGAACGUUAGAACCCUGUUUUAUCUGCACUGCUCCUGUUGUUUGUUCUUUAAAGUUCCAAAGCUGCCUUCAGCGUUCCAGGGCUCCACAGGAAACCACUUUUACUGGAUCAUCUGACCUUCAGCAGGUAGAAAAACUCCCCUGGUUUCAGCUAGAUGUGACGUCAGAAAACCUCAUGGUUGGUUUCAGCUGCAGGACCUGAUGGAGACUAGUGAGAGGUUUAGGGAACAUCUGGAAACUGUAGUGUCUGCUGAUUGGCUGCGGAUGUUUAGGGAACAUCUGGAAACUGUAUUGUCUGCUGAUUGGCUACAGAUGUUUAGAGAACAUCUGGAAACUGUAGUAUCUGCUGAUUGGCUACGGAUGUUUAGGGAACAUCUGGAAACUGUAGUGUCUGCUGAUUGGCUACGGAUGUUUAGGGAACAUCUGGAAACUGUAGUAUCUGCUGAUUGGCUACGGAUGUUUAGGGAACAUCUGGAAACUGUAGUGUCUGCUGAUUGGCUACGGAUGUUUAGGGAACAUCUGGAAACUGUAGUAUCUGCUGAUUGGCUACGGAUGUUUAGGGAACAUCUGGAAACUGCAGUGUCUGCUGAUUGGCUACGGAUGUUUAGGGAACAUCUGGAAACUAAUGACUCAUUUUCCAGAUGUUCCCUAAAUGCCUCACAGUCGUCAGUAGAUCUGGAAACUGAGGCAUCUACUGAUGACUGCGAUGCGUUCAGGGAACACCAAUAAAUCGUUUUGGGACCUGGCUGAAGGCACUCCGGUGCAGCGAUGUAAAAGUGAGUUUGGAGCCCUGAAUUUGCUGCGUUUAAGUUCCGUUUUUCUUGAAGCUGUCUUGUUGACGUGUUUGAAUGUUUUUUUGUUCGUUUACCUCAAUACCAACAACAACUAUGCAACAACACUUUUGUGCAAUAACGACCAAAGAUUCUCUGAAAGGGAAACUCCACCCGACCUCCUGUGGUGCGUUCAGGGACCAAAAGCAGCUCCAGACUGAACUCCAUCUCCUACUGGUAGAUUUAGAACAUUUUAACUCUGCUUUUCUUUUUUGGUUUUUUAGCUUUGUGUGUUUUUUUUAUGUCAUAAUGAUGAUUUUGUUUUGGAAUUGUCUUUAUUUUCCAAUAAUCUGAACUCGGCGUUACCGUUUCACUGAUGGAGUUCAGGAAGCAACAAAAACCAACCUUGAAUUCAAUUUUUUUAUAAGAAAAACUCCAAUGAGGGGAUCUAAUUUAGUGCCAAAGACUAAUAAUUAUUUUUAUAUAAUUGAGAUAAAUGUCUGAUUACUACAGGAAUCACUACAAAGAGUUGUCUUGUGAUUUAUUAGAAAAGAAAAACCCGUUAAAGCUGUUAAAGUGAAAGUUUGUGUUCAGGGACCAUUUGGGGGUUUUUGGGACUGAAAAGAGAAACAGGAUUUUUUUCUUCAUCUGAGCCAAAUGAGGACCAAAGUGUGGAGAAAAGUUUUAAUCCUGUCGAAAAGUUUACAUGUCAGAGCUGCCAAAUAAAGCAGAAAAAAAUGUACCGAAUCUGAGUUUGUGUUUGUUUUUGAACCAAACUAAAGACUUACAGCGGUGGAAAAAGGGGUUAAAUUUGACAUAAUUUCUGAAAUCAUUUAGAAGUUGUCCAGAAUGACAUGAAAUCUGUUCCAAAUGACUUCAGAUAUCUCAAAAAUGACUCAAAAUGUGUCAAAAAACACUCAAAAUUGGUCCAACAUGAGUUAAAAUGUUAAAGAUUUCUCAAAGUUGCCCAUAAAGACUUCAAAUUUGUACAAAAUGACUCAAAUUUUGUCCAAAAUUAGUUAAAAAAUUGUCUAAAAUGGCUCAAAAUUUGUUUAAAUUUAAUCUUAUCUUAAUUUCUGACUCAUUCCAAAUCAUAUUCAGACAAUUCAAUGUAAUUUUUGACCCACAAACACAGACAAAUUUAAGUCAGUGUAGACAAACUUUGAGACAUUUAAGAUGAAUUUCAAGUAAUUUUAUUCAGAUUUUUAGUCGUUUUUUUGACCAUUUGAACUCUUUUUGUAUGACUUUUAAAUAAGUUUGAACAGUUUGAGUCAUUUUCCACGAAUUUUAAGUCAUUUUGGACAAACUUCAAGAAUAUAUUUGACACAUUUUAACUAGUUUUAACUCAUUUUGAGAUAUUUCUAAUAAAUCUUGAGUAAUUUUGGACAAAUUUUGAAUCAUUUGAAUUUUUUAACAUUUAGACCACAUUUCUGUGUGGAAAUCCUUCACAUCUGACGUCAAAUGUGCCUUAAAAUGUAAAAAAGCUGGUUUUAGAGCCUGUUGAUUACAAAUAAAUCCACCUGAAAUGUGAAAACGUCAGGUGAUUUUUAGGCUUUUUUGUUCUGUUAAGUGUCGCCUUUGUCCUCACUAAUAUUUAAAGUAAUCAGCUACAUUUUAUAUUAAUAAAUAUUGAUGUAAAGGUUUAACUUGUAUAUUUAAAUUAGGUAGAUUUAAGAGAGAGUACUUCUAUUUUGUUGCUUAUUCCUGUGAAUUUAAUUAAAUUUGUAAGUCAGUUAAAAGAUGAGUUGAAACUGGAUGAACAAACGUGAAUUAUUUGGUAUUCAGUGAUGUGUUCGUGUGAUUUUAGGAUAACACAGCGCUUGUGUUUGUGGUCCCGUUGCUCUGAUUGCUUUAAAGACAGAGAAGCAAUUACUCACCAGGCAACGGCAACACAAACCUGUUUGUCUCAGUGUUCUGUUUCUGCAUCCAGGAUCAUUUUCACCAACAGAGUUUCUCACAGAGACUCGGAUUCAGGACGGUUUAAAAGAACACUGCUUUAAAGUGAAACUGGUCAAGAACUUUAAAGCUCCUAUUGUAGCUGCGCCAGGUUUCAUUCACUUUAAUUACUUUAAAAUAAAUCUUUUCUUUUGUAAUGUUCACAAUAUUUUGAUCUCCAAAUAUUUUCUAAUAAAUAAAAUCCUUUCA